AUGCAGCCCCUGAAUAAGUUGAUGAAUGUCUUAAAACCUCAAAAUCUGACUCUACACGAACAAAGUGAGGUCCUGAGAGCAGAUAUGUCUUGGCAGCAGGAAACCAUUUCAGUCAGGGAGACCUAUGAUUCUGAGGCCUCUCGUCAAAAGUUCAGACAUUUCCAGUACUUGGAAGUGUCUGGGCCUCAUGAAGCCCUGAGCCAACUCUGGGAGCUCUGUCUUCAGUGGCUGAAACCGGAGGUUCAUACAAAGAAGCAGAUCCUAGAACUGCUGGUGCUUGAACAAUUCCUGACAAUUCUUCCUGAAGAGGUCAGGACUUGGGUGAAUUUACAACAUCCAAAGAACAGCAAAGAAGUGGUGACCCUCAUAGAAGAAGUGAUUGAAAUGCUUAAAGAUAAAGGUACACCCUGUGAGGGUUCUGUCCUUCUCCAGAAGGGGAGCAUGAAGAAGGAGAAAAUGGAAGCUGACUCACUAACAGACAAAUCCCAGGAACCGGUGACAAUCAAAGAUGUUGUUGUGGAAUUCAGCGCCGAAGAGUGGAGGCAGCUGGACCCUGCUAUAAGGAACCUGUACAGGGGUGUGAUGCUGGAGAACUAUAGGAACUUCAGUUCAUUGCGUAAAGAGCUUCUAUUUUCCAAACCAGCUGAGGUCCCCAAGUUGGAGAAUAAGAAAAAAAGACGUAUGAUGGAGCAAGAAAUCCCAAGGAAAAUGUUUUUUGACAGACAGACAAUUUCAGAAAAUCAGGAUUCAGUUCAAAAGCAGAAAAUUUCUGGAGAAGAAUCAUCCUGUAGAAUAAUGAUACCGAAACUGAUGCAAAGUGGGCUUCCUUCUUCAGAUGUCUGGAAAAGUGAUGAUUGUUUACUUAAGAACCAGGAGCACUGGGACAUAUGUUUGCCACAAAAAGCUUUUAUUCAUAAGACUGAGGAGGGAGACUUGGAAUGUUGUGAAGAUAAGAAAAGCUUCGAUGGUAAGUCAGUUAACUUAGUUUUUGAUACGCAACAGGGAUUUCCUCUGAGGAAGGGGUCCCCAAAGUGCGAUAAGUUUAAAACUAACUUCAAAUUUAAUUUAGAUUCAGUAGGUAAGCAACAUUCAGAAUAUAAUGAACAUGGGAAUGCCUCAAGCCUGAAUACAGAUACUCGACACCCAGAAAGUCUUACCAUGAUGAAUUGUUAUGAAUGUCUUGAGUGUGGGAAAGCCUUCAGCCGGAGUUCAUCCCUUGUUCGACAUCAGAUCAUUCACACAGGAGAGAAACCCUAUAAAUGCAGUGAAUGUGGGAGAUUCUUCAACCGACGAACAAACCUUACUAAGCAUCAAAAAAUUCAUCUUGAAGUAAAGGCCUAUAAAGGAAAUAAAUGUGGAACUGCCUUCAGUAAGAGGGAAGACAGUAAUAAAAAUCCAACUCUCCAUCCUAGAGAUAAUGCCUAUGAAUGUGUUAACUGUGGUAAAUCCUUCAGCCGGAGCUCCUCACUUAUUCGACAUCAAAUGAUUCAUACUGGAGAGAAACCAUUUAAAUGUAACAAAUGUGAGAAAACCUUCAACAGGAAUUCAAACCUUAUUAAACACCAAAAACUUCAUACUCAAGAGAAAUCCUUUAACAAGAGUAAAUGUGAUGUUACCUUCAGUUACAGUACAGAACUCAUUCAACAACCAUGA